AUGGAGUCUUCUGCUCUCCUCCCUGCUCAGGUGUCGGGGAGCACCAGCUGGGAGUCUCCCAGGGCUCUAUUUAUUUCCCCGGGCUCCGUCAUGUCGUGUUUCACGCAACUGUGGCACUCCAACACGCCAGACUCUCCCACCAGCCCAGUCCCUGCAUCUCCAAGCGAAAUCCCCAUCCCCAUCAGCCCCAUUGUUGUCACCUCCCCAGGAGAUGGCAAGAGGAAGGCGAGGUCCCCAACCGACAAGCCGGGCUCUCCAAACCCAACGUCUCCGAAGCCAACCUCCCCUGUCGAGUGUUCCAUUUGCUUCAACACCUAUGACAACACCUUCAAGACGCCCAAGCUGCUCCAGUGCUCCCACGUUUUCUGCCUGGAGUGUGUGGCCCGCCUGAGCGCAGGGCUGCCCCCAAACCAACCAGAGGACCAGCUCCCCUGCCCCUUCUGCAGGCAGCUGACCAGCAUCCCUCUGGAAGGUGCCCCGGCACUGGAGACCAGCAAGGAGCUCCUCGCCACACUGCCCCCCGAACUCCAGCAGGAGAAGGUGCUCUGGAUGGAAGGGACCAAGCUCUGCUGCCGUCAGCCAUCCGAUGACCCUGAGAAUCCAGACUCGUGCAUCUCUAUUGAUGUCGCCAUGAGCAAGCCAGAAAGUCCGGAGGCCCCCCCGGCGGGGUUAGCUGGGAGGCUGUCCCGCUGUGACAUGUGCGAUGACUGGAAACGCAUAGUCCUGCUCUCUGCAUUGAUCAUCAUCCUGUUCUGCAUCAUCCUGUGGCCAGUCCAGUGCGCCCUGAAGACGGGGAACCUCCGCUGCUUCACAAGGACUGUUGCGAUGAGCAGGCCAGAGUAUCUUCCCCCUAAACACACCACGGCGGCAGCACCCGUGACACAACUCCCUUUCCAGUAG